AUGGUAGUAGGAUAUCGGUGCAGCUGGGUAAGAUGCACGAAACCGGAAGUGCGACGCCAGUCAGCAGAUGAAGCUAUUCUGGACGAGAAUCAUAGGGCAUGGGAGUUUGAUGCGCAAGGAGCGAAUGGCCGAGCGCACAAGGUUCGGCACAUCUUCGCAAUGAAUGGAGCGUACUUCGUGCCUGAUGAAGAAAACGAAAAUACGAUUUAG